UUCUGACAGCCUCGCUAUUACCUCUCUAGCGCUACUGGCGCCGCAAGGAAAGCACCCCCACAACCUGCAAGGGACCAUGAGUGAUGGGGACAAGAAUCCCGCCAGCACCCCAACCCCAGUCACUGACGUGCAAGGGGAUGGACGGUGGAUGUCGCUGCACCACCGUUUCAUCGCCGACAGCAAAGACAAGGAACCGGAGGUCGUCUUUAUUGGCGAUUCACUGGUGCAGCUGCUGCACCAGUUUGAGAUUUGGAGGGAGCUUUUCUCUCCCCUGCACGCUCUCAACUUUGGCAUUGGGGGGGAUGCCACCCAGCACGUGCUCUGGCGCCUCCAGAAUGGGGAACUGCAGCAUAUCCGUCCAAAGAUUGUGGUCCUCUGGGUUGGCACCAAUAACCAUGAACACACUGCAGAACAGGUGGCUGCUGGCAUAGAAUCCAUUGUGUGUGUCAUCAAUCAGCAACAGCCACAGGCGCGCGUGGUUGUAUUGGGUUUGCUGCCGCGGGGCAAAACCCCCAACCCGUUACGUGAGAAGAACAGACGGGUGAAUGAACUGCUUGAGAGUAAGGUGCCGCUGCUCCCAAAUGCCUCCUUCCUCGACGUUGACCCAGGCUUUGUGCAUUCAGAUGGGACUAUAAGUCACCAUGACAUGUAUGACUACCUCCACCUGACUCGCAACGGGUAUGCCAGACUCUGCCCUGGACUGCACCGCCUGCUGCUGUGCCUGCUGGGAGAAUGCCAUGCCCAGGCACCCUGACAGGUGCUGUCAGUCCCACCCAAGAUGCUCUUCGCUGGCUUGAGUGACUGCUGGGGCGUAGAAGCUAGAAUGCGGUUGACUCUCUCCAGACAGUCAACGCAGUUUCCCACGGCAGUCCUCGACCUGGUAUUCGGUGCUGGGUACUCGUUUGCUAACUCCAUGAGCCUCGGUGUGGGUUGUUUAUGAGUAUAAAAUUGUUAUUACGAGGGAUGGGGAUGAAUGGCACGUUGACCCGCAGCUGCCAAAAACAGUUUGGCAGAAGACAAGUUAAUGAGGACUUGCCUGUUUUAUGUAAUAAAAAUAACUGCUUAAAAUU